AGUAACACAGCAAACACAUUUUAGAAAAUAUGGCCUGAUGAAAUGAAAUUCCAAAUUGUGCCAUGUCCUCAAUUCUGGUGGUAUGUGCGUGUCUACUGAUCAGUGUGACUGGCGUGGACAUCACGAAUCAGCAUCAUACUGUCUGCAGUGCUUAUGGGUACCAGGUCUUAGAAGCUAAGUUCGGAAAAGAAGUGCAUUUACUGUGCUUGAAGUUGCAGCCUCUUGGCGCAUCAACCCUAGCAUCCCAUCACACAACUUUAUAUUUGGAACCCGAAGAUGAGAUCCAGGACAAAGGCGGCUUCCCAUUAUCUGACAUCACCAUGGCAUACGGCUUUCCCGUGGAAGACCCGUCUUCUGGCACUGCUGAGGGCUACAUCGGGGAAGACCUGCAGUUCUAUGGAGUAUUGCAUUUGGGAAACAGAACUCUUCACGCAGACCCCUACGGCUAUGAUGACCCGAAGAAAUUCUUUGGGGCUUUCGAAGACGACAAUAUGGCGGCGCCACGGUCCCGACGCGAAUAUGCACAGUUCAAAAUGUUAGAUCGCGUUCCUUUCUUCCCCUUCCGAAUAGAAGACCGACAGAGGGUUCCCGGCGUGGCUCGCGCGAGGAUCUGUGACCUUCUACUCCUGGCUGAUAAAGAGUUCUUUGAGAAAGAUGCCAACUCCAGUUUGAAGCAUGUUGUGAGACGAAUGAUGCAUGCGGUCGCUCAAGCUGAUAUCAUAUUUAGGAAUGCUGACUUCAAUGAAGAUGGUGUGCCAGAUAACAUUGGUUUCUCAGUGAAGUAUAUCCUGGUGCUGACGUCAGACGAGACAAACACGCGGGUGUUCGGGGACCUUCUGACAGACAAGGCGAUAGACGGCAGAAGUUACCUGAUGCGGUUCGCCAGAUUGCGACGCCUGUCAGAAGUGUGUUUAGGAGUUGCCUUCUCUGGCCACGCCUUCCAUAAUAGGACUUUGGGAUUGAGUUUCACGUCUCUGGGCGGCGGCGUGGGCGGCGCAGCGGGCGGACUGUGUGACCGGCGCGCGUAUGGUCGCUCCUUCAACACCCUGGCCAUCGCACAUGCUACCACCGAUGAGAAGGCCAGGGUGCCUGAGAGGAUCGCUGCCCUCACACUAGCUCAUGAAAUGGGCCACAGUUUUGGCGCGCACCACGACGACAACUUCCCGGACCCGGAGUGUCGCGGCUACCUGAUGGGCUCCCAGUCUUCCACGGCCAUCAACGGGAUGAACUUCGAGUUCUCGCUGUGCAGCAAGCGUCUGAUCGCAGCCACGCUCAGCAGCAUGAGCUAUUGUCUGUUGGAGGAAGAUCAACCUUAUUGCGGGAAUGGUAUAGUAGAAAAAGGCGAGGCGUGUGACUGUGGACUUCCAUCCCGCUGCAUCCACAAGGACCCGUGCUGCACGCCUCGAGGUGGUGGUGCUGUGGUCUUCGAAGAAGGAACGUUGCACAAAGAAGGAUGUUCCGUAGCACCUUCAGCGAUGUGCCAUCCGUCACAAGGGUUAUGCUGCACCGCGAAAUGCCAGCUAGCCGACCUCAUAAAGAGUGGUAUUGACUGCCGGACUCAGGAUCAAGAGUGUACGUGCCCAGUCCUGUCAUCCGAUUGUCGCUGUGGGCUGAACGGCAGAUGUCUACCGGAUGGGUCCUGCCACGCGGCUGAGUGCGCCCGUCUAGGGCUCCGGGAAUGCGAGUGUUUGAAGAAACACGAGCAACAACCCAGAAGGGGAUUUAUACAGUCAUCAUUGCUGGGCGAUAUGGACUUGUGCGGUAUCUGCUGUGAAGUACCCGUGGUCGGCGGCCGCUUCCAAUGCGUGGGCGCCGAGGAGGUGGUGCGCGAGAGACUCGCCAGCGACAAGCCAAUACCUGAUAAUUGGCCUGACGAGGAUUAUAGGGGACCGAACAUAACAAUCCGUCUAUGCGAGGACUACUCGUGCAACGAGACGGUGCUGCGCGCAUGGCGGACCGGCAGCGCGUGCGUCACUCAGAACGUGGUCGGCGUGUGUUCGCCGCGCGGACAAUGCAAGCUUGACUUCAUUAUGCCACGGUCCAACGUCUAUCCGGAUAUCAUGAACAUUCGCAUGCACGGCAAGGACGCGUCAAGACUCGUGAAGCCAGCCUCGUUAAUAUUCAUUUCUAGUUUGCUUUUGUUUUGUUUAAUAAAAUAAUGAACAAUA